CGUCGGAAGCGGAGCGGAGCCAGGAGCGGCGGCCGGCCAUGGAGCAGGGCGCGCCCCGCCGCCAACCGCGCCUCUGCCAGAUGCUCCGCGGCGAGCAGGGCUACGGCUUCCACCUGCACGGCGAGAAGGGCAAAAGCGGCCAGUUCAUCCGCAAGGUCGAGCCUGGCUCGCCGGCCGAGGCAGCGGGGCUGCGCGCCGGGGACCGCCUGCUCGAAGUCAACGGCGUCAACGUGGAGAAAGAGACGCACCACCAGGUUGUGCAGCGCAUCAAAGCAAUUGAAGCCGAGACCCAGUUGCUGGUGGUGGACAAAGAGACUGAUGAGCAUUUCCGGAGUCUCCGUCUGACCUGCUCCGAGGAGGCCGGUCGGCCGAUCAUGGUGGCAAACCCUGAAGCACUGCCAGUCAAGGGGCCCCAUUCCAGUAAUGGAGACUCCUGGAAGGCUCUGGCCGAGCUGAGCAGCAGGAGCCUGAAAAGGCACAAGCACAGUUUAGGUUCGGAGAGUGGGAAGAAGGAUGUGAAUGGGCAGGCCAAGGAGCCUUUGGGGCCCCGACUUUGCCACCUCAAGAAAGGGCCCAAUGGCUACGGGUUCAACCUGCACAGCGAGAAGUCCAGGCCUGGCCAGUUCAUCCGCUCAGUGGAUCCAGAUUCCCCAGCAUUCACGGCGGGUCUCCGGCCACAAGACAGACUUGUGGAGGUCAAUGGGAUCAAUGUGGAAGGCAUGAAGCAUUCAGAAGUUGUGGCCCACAUCAAGUCUAAGGAAAACGAAACAAGGUUGCUGGUAGUGGACCCUGCCACAGAUGAGCAUUUCAAGAAACUUGGUGUUGCCCCUGCUGAGGAACACAUUCGAGGGGGAAUUCCUCCACCUAUGACGAAUGGGUCAGCGCAAACACAGCUGAAUGGUGGAUCCAUGUCUUCGUCCCACAGCGAUUGCCAAAGUCCUGAGGAGGCCGAGGUGAGAGAGGCGAAAAAGAAAGAUCCCUUUGAAGAAAGCGGGUUGAACUUGAGUCCCACCGCAGCGGAAGCCAAAGAGAGAGUGCGUGCCAAGCGGGUGAACAAGAGGGCGCCUCAGAUGGACUGGAACAAGAAGCGGGAGAUUUUCAGCAACUUCUGAGCCCACCAAGGGGCUCUCUUUCCCUCCCGGCUCUUCCUGCACGAAGACAUUUGCAAGGUGCACAACUUGUGUCCCACCCCGACGGACAACGCAAUUCAUGCUCCACAUUUUUCCACAGGCAAGACGGAUUCUUCCUGAUCGCGGCGAGUGAAAGGGAAUGCGAAGAAGGCGGGAGGGAGAGAAAACCUCUUGCAGUUUGUAUUAAUUAUGGAUCAUUUAACUGGCAAUAUUAGAAUAUAUUAUUUAUAGGACCAUUUUUAUAUAAGGAAUUGUUUGAGUUGCUUUUCUUCCCUAUUUGUGUUUAGAUAUUUUAAAAUAUUUUUACAUUCCAAAUCAGCACCUUUCCUUUCCAUUUAGCUGAAAGCUAGAGUUUAUACCACUAUGGACUGCAAUGUUAACAGCUUCAGAAAUGGAUUAGCCAACUAUUCCUUCAUUGUGACUCUUUCUGUUCUGAGUUUGGAGUUUUAUUUUUGUCAUACUUUAUCUUCAGUACUUUAUUUUUUUCAGUACUUUAUUCAGUUAGCAUUUGAAAAUCCCUUGUUUUUAGCAUAGCGGAUCCUUUUCUUUCCAGUCCUUUUUCAGGCUCAUAACUUAACAAGUACAAGAUUUUUGUUACAAAAUACAACACACGAUUACAAGGACAGAGAUCAUAAGCAGUCAAGCCAACCUGUCAUUUAUUAAGGGAUUGUAAUCUGAAUUCAUUUUUGUUAUAACAGAGUCGCUCAAUAAUGAAAUGGAUGGCCUAUAAAUUUAAUAAGUAAAGAAAUGGAAUAUACUUUUUAGUGAGACUUGAGAAACAUAUAAAAAAAUGUUCCCUCAAGAAUGAAGUUCUUGCUGGUAAGCAAGAAACAUCUCAAGGUGAAUUUCUAUUAUUUUUAGGACAUUAAAAAAAACUUACAAUUCUUUAGUUUUGCUGAUCUUUCAGGAGCUGUGAGGCAGCCAGCAUCCCUUUCAGCUUGCAACCUAAAGUUUCCGUCCCCAAGAUGUUGACAGGGUUUGGUCUCAGGUGGGACUAAUCUUCACACAGAUGGUAAACAUGAUUGUGAAUUUGGUGUGAUGCUCUCUAGCUCUUCCACGGUUGCUCUUGGGGAAAGCAUGAAUGCUAGAUACCAGUGGGUCUGCUGAUCCCCAAAGAUCAUUGUGGCCCACCUGCUCCAGAGUGGUCCCUUUGUGCCUAACUCGGUGAAGACUCAACAUCCAGAGACAGUGGGCAACGGGGGGAGGGUGUUGUUUCUGGUGGUCGUCAUUGGCCACUGACCGUUCCAAGGGAGCCAGGGAAUGGAACCCACAGGGAAACUUACAUCUAAGCCCUCUAGGCAAGGAGUAUUUUUACUCCAUCUUUAUUCCUGGCGAGGCACCUGCUAUGGGAAAUUUCGGCUGCAAAUGCCAACGUGCCUUGGAUCCAGGUCAGGACAGAGCAGGCAAAUUUGGAAUUUCCCACCAAAUUGAUUCUCUUUUGGUGGGAAUGUGGUUUCUAGUGUUUCUGAACAGCAUAAAAUCAAGGCAAAUAUUUCCAAGUAAUUUCUGCAGAACUCUCUUGUCCAUAAAAAUGCCACUAAGAGUUGUGGACCCAAAGUGGAGGUCACUCUGGACAGAAGUACAGCUCCCAACAUUUUGGUGAUGCCCCAGACACCUUCAGAGGAGCUGCCAAAUUGGAAUGAUUAAUUUGGCAGGAGGGAUAUGUGGCAAGUCAGAAAUAAUCUUAACCAUAUGGAGUAUUUAUUAAACCUAAAUAUAAACCUAAUUGAGUUAAUGAAUGAACCCUACCCUACUCUUAAAGGCUGAAUGUGGCCUUUGGCAUGGAAAAAAUGCCCACCAGAGAACAAUUCCCUGAGCAGGAAGGGAGGGGCCUCCUCGCAGCUUUGCUAAUGAGGGAAGGAAAAGGGCAGGGAUGGCUCUCUGUGCCUUCCCCAGGAAAAGGAACAACCCUUUUUACUUUUAAAAAAAAGUUUUAAGAAGCUAGCUGAAUGGGGUGCAGUUUUUCUUUCUUUUUUAAAAAAAGCAGAGGGCAUGUAAACAAGGAGUUGCCUUUUAAUGAUGGCAGAGAUUAAAUAUUGCUCUCCUGGGGUCCCCUAAGUCCAGGAGCUGGCUGCAAUGGUGCAAUGAAAGCCCUGCCUUUUUUUGUAUACAAACUGUUCCCUGGCACUCCUGAAAGGGGUGGGGGGAGUGAUGUUUGGUGCUUUAUGAAUAUUUUGCAAAUGGUGGACUUGACGUUUGCUUAGUUUGUUCUUCCUUUGAAAAAAAGGUAGUGGUUGAGCAAUUUCUUGCAUUUCUUCCCAGAGGGGCCUUUUGUUGAGGCGCUGCCUGGGUUGACUUAAAAAUCAGGGACCUGACAGAGGGCUCUGAUGCUCUGAAGAGGCUUCCGAUACAUCAUAUAUGAGUUUAUGAUGCAUUUGCAUCCCUUAUGCGAGGCUACACUGCUUAAUUAUACCCCUAGGAGUCGGGCUUCAACCACAGAAUCUCUGGGCUGAGAAAAGCUUCGUAUUGCAAGAGAAUCAAAUUCCAGAUUUGGCUCUCCUGUUAAAGAAACCAAGAAGCUUCCAGUGAGAACUUUUUAGGAGUGGGGAGACCAUAAGCUGCAAUUCACACCUCACCCUUUCUUGUUUUCUUUCCAGUGAAUCUGAUUGUAGAAGAUGUGAUUGUGUUUGAAAGGACAAGUAAAAGCCACGAGUGUCUGGUUCUCUGGAACUUUGUCUUGUCUUUGUAGAAAGGGGAUAUCCCGGCAGAGAGAGGGAAGGCUUGGCGGUGGUCCUGUCCACCCUUUGGGGCUGGUAGGUGCCUGUCAGUUAGGCAGCAAGCAAUGCUUGUCAUUUUUGAAAGUCUGUCUCUCCAGCUUGUACACCUUGAGGCUCUCCAGAGGUGCUGGGGCUAGAGUGUCCUUAAUGCCAUCUUGGUUGAGAACAAGUAGCAGUGCAUUUCUCCUUGUCUGUGGAAGGUCCCAAUUUGGGAGAUAUUAAACAAGAAUUUUGGAUUUAGAAAACUAAAUUUCAGAUUAAUGAUUCCAUUAAUCUUUGACUUCACCAUUGUCCAUGCAGGAUGUCAAGGAUUGAUACAGAUCAUAGAAGCUGGCUCCUCAAACAUCACUGUUAUAAUGGAUUUUAAAAAAAUAUUUAAAGGUGUUUUUUUUAAAUGUAGCAGUGCCCACUGGGUGUUUUCCAUAAAGUCAAGAUGGCAGCCAAAGACCCUCCCCUUUCCAUGGGAGACCCAUGUGCAAAGGAGGUAGGGCUUCCAGUGCACAGCUGUUCCUGCCAUCUUCGGUUUCUCUUUCCUGCCCCCCAACUGGUACCCCGGAACCAACUUAUGAGCAGGGAGAAAAAUGUCACUGCAGUUUUCAGUUUCUCUGCAAUGAUUCACCACCAGAUUCCAAAUUAUUUUAAUAGCUGUCCUGCUGUAAGUGAUGGAAGCAUAAAAAUGUGGCAUGAUAAUGUGCAUAAUGCAAGGCUACAGAAAUGGAAAUCCCACCCCCUUCCAUUUCACGGUUGCAGGAGUCCCCCUUUGUCCGUUUCUGCUCUGUUCCCCCUAGUGAGAAUUGGUGGGCUCAGAGCCCCAGGCUUGGAGAUGUCCAGCUGAUCUAAUGGGGGAGGGGAUGCUCUUCAUUGGAGGAACUGGAGCCACCACAACAGGCAGCUGGGGAGGUUGAUGGAUGCCAAUGUGGAAGAGGCAUCUUCUGGGGGAGGUGUGCAUUUUUAAAAUGUGUGGGGAGACUGGUAUUAAGGUGGAAAUUCUUCAGGUAGUUCUCAUGGCUUGCAUUGAAAGUGUUUUUUGAGUCACCUUUUUUGUUUCAUCGUUUUAUGGAAUCGUUUUCACAUUAAGAGACGCUAGGGCAAAAGGUGGGCCUCAGCCCUGUGGCCUUUUUCUCCAGAGGACAAGUAUGCAGGUGCCAACCUAAGCAGGGGCUUUGUAAGUUUUCCAGACUGAAGGCUCCCUGGAUGGUGGGUGGGAUGAAGGCCCCAAAUGAGUCCAGCGAUCAUCCUGACUUGUCACCUGCGUUAUUCCCAAAGGGACUUCCCUCUGCUUCCUGGAAUGAUGCUGGUGGAUAAAAGCACACACUUUCUUCUUCUGCCAUCCUGCCAGCUCUGUAACUUGAUUUCUGCACAUUUUAGAAAUUCUCUCUCACACAAAAACUGACAAAAAGAACUAUUUUAAUUGCAUUGUGUUUAAAAAAGUAUACUACAAUGUCAAUAAUAAAACUGGUUUCUCAUGGAUA